AAACAAGCAGGGCAUAUAUUUAUUUCUUUUUUGUAUUUUAUAACAUGACGCAUGUUUCAGUUGGUGGACAACAUUGUUAGAGUCCAGCAAUGAAGUAACGAUUCUUACUCCUUAAACAUUCUAGUUUUGUAACCACUUGGAUCCGCUUAGCUAACUAGCCGUACAUGCUAGGUUAGCCGACAUUUAUCAGUUCUUGAGAACAAGAGUAAAACACGGGAUAGUUGUUUUCACUCUUGGUUUGUGAAAUAUAUUUGACAUAAUGUGUAACAAAACAAGGCACACGUUAAUUUAAGUCUCGUAAUAAUGGUCAAUUUCAGAAGUUACACCAAUCGCUGGUCAUCACUCAGCAGCUCCAUCUACCGGCUACCCCCUUUGCACACUCAGAGGCGGUGACAUCCGAAGGGAACCCGCAGCAUCCCGGGCUCCCCAUUGGCUACCAAGCCUCUGGAGGCGGCCAAUCGGACUCUUUCCUGGCUGCGUGUUUCCCUCCCUGACUCCCAGCGCCUGCACAUCGUUUUCAAGCUUGCAGUGCCGCAUGUAUGCAUGUCAGAUCAUCGUGUGUAUGAGGCUUGGAGCCGUGAUGGAGGGGGAAGGGCGACCAGCACAUGCGGAGAUGAUGAGGAAAUAGGAGAAGAGAGCACCACGAUAGCGCUGUGAGGAGAUAUCAGCAUCAACGACAAAGGAGGAGGAGGAGAGCUACUGGAGGAGAGGAGCAGUUGUUGAUUUUCACGGUAGCCACGGCAGCUGCCACCAUGGGCUGCUGGCUCUCUGGACCGUGGGUGGGUGAUCCAGCGCUGACUGGUGGGCGGAGCUUAGCGCACCUGAGCCAGCGUGACGCCCUGCGAAUUCUGGCGGCGAGUCAGCUUCCUGUCACCAUGCAGGUCAAAAGUCUGAGGGGGCGCGGUUCCGACACGGACAGGGGAGCCUGGGAGCCCCUGCCCCUGAACUUGCAACACCUCAACUUGCCCCUCCCGAUGAUGGGAGCGGGGCUUAACACCCCAAGCCCCUCCUAUCAGGACAGGCAUUACUACAGCCACCUCUCUCUGCCACAAGAUCACUGUGAUGGAGGACACUACGGCUACCUUUCCAGCUCCCCAAGAGACACCGUGGAUAUCAGUCACCAGGAUGCAGAAGUGAGCAACCAUCGAGCCAAGGACCAGAGCUGCCUGAUGGGAUGUUGCAACGUCAACCUGGAUGAGCCCAAAGGCUAUCACAGCCAGAUGGAUGAAGAUGACUUCAUGCUGGAAAAGCCUCUGGGCUACCUGCCGCUCCACCAUGAGCUGGACAGCGGUCUCGGCUGGACAGAUGGCUCUCUCCACCAGGGCGACCUCUCAGGCCUGGAGACUGAAGAGGCAGGCCUGGACGACUGCCAUCCCCACGGGGCCCUUGGCCCAGGGGGUUGUGGGGCCUUUGGAGGUGGCGGCUCCCCAUCCUCGGAGUCAUUCAUUUCAUCAGAGCUCAGCGAUUCAGGUUUCUACAGCGUGAGCACCGGGGAGUUCCGGCACUUCCAGAGAAUGCUGGAGAAACGAAUGCGUCUGUACAACGCUCGGCUACAGCAUCAGGGGGAGACAUGCGAGAGACGGGAACGGCGCGACAGCUGCCCCAUGAGCCACCGCGAGCUGCUGGAGGCCAUCCCGGAGACACUGAGCAUGCAGCCACCGUGUCAGCGCAUGCAGCUGGGGAUGGAAGAGGCCAGCGGGGCAGUUUUGGACCUCCCGACCCGAGGACUUGUCAGGGUGUCGUCAGUCCAGUUCCAUAAAGCAGAUCGACCCUGUCUGAACCGUCACAGCUCAAGCAGCGGAGCCCUCUUUAACCCCUCCCACACGCACCCAAUGGUGUCACGAAUGAGCGGCCCUGUCCUCUCCACCUGCAGCACCCCCUCCAGCCACCGGAGGCCGCUCGCCCCGAUGCAGCAGAACUACCAGGGCUCCAACUCAGUGGGGAUGCUGAGGAGAAGCCGUACGCUGCACCAUCGUCCUCCACCACAGGAGUACCGGCGCCGGGCCAGCCACCCGGCGUCCCCUUCCUACUGCGCGGCCACCCUGCACCACUGUGGAGGGGUCACGUCUCAUAGCGUCUUUCAACCAGGCCUGCCGGAAGAAACUGAGCUGGUGGCGGACGUGAUGGCUUCCCACCCAGCAGAUGUCGGCCUGUCCACGCAGCAGCACCCCGGUACUCUGGGCCACAUCAGGGGUCCCUGCUACAACAGCAACCCGAAUGGCCAGCUCACCCACCACGACUGGUGGCACGCGCAACAAAGGAGCUUGAUCCCAGACGCACUGGAGGCAGAGCGGGACAAAGAACUGGAACGGGAACUGGAACAGACCCGGCAAAUGGAGAGGAAUCUAGAGAUGCAGGAGGAACUGGACCGAGAGAGACAGCAGGAACUGCAAAGGAACCGAGCCAGAGAGCAGCAGCACCUCCAGAGCAUGGUCCACCCGGCCCAGCCAGGCGACGUCAAUGACACGUGGCCCAAACCGGCCAGUCGCCAGUCUCAGGGCGGUGGAGGAGGUCGAGGUCUUUACAGCACCCUGGAGGGCCACACUGGGACCGGCUCUGCUGGUCUGGAUACAAAGAAAGAACAACUGGAUGCACAGCCAAGCCCUAACCCCAAACUUAACCCUUGCUCCAAAACCAAUAUGACUUCCCGGAUCUCCAGGAGCCAGUUCCUGAGGGACCGGGCCUCGCAGCUUGCUGACGAACGCAGCGGCAUGAGCACCGACGAUGAAACCAACACGGACAUGCUUUUGGGUCGCUACUGGAGCAGAACAGAAAGACGGGAACACUUCUUACUAGCUCGUGAGCAGAAGCAACAACAGGCAAGAGGAGGCGCGGUACGUGAGGGUUCCGGCAGAGCCGCCGGCGCCUCCGCGGUGGAGCGAAGCGGGCCGGAUGGUCGAGCGAGUAGUGCUUCCACGGAAGGACGAUGCAGUACGGUUUUGGAGCUGAGUCAGAGGAAGCUGAGUCGGCUGAGGAAUCGGAAGAUGUUGGACGACUGGACGACGGUGGAAGAGUUGCUGACUCACGGGACCAGGUUGGACAGCCAGGACCACCCGAUGCUUUGUCCCAGCCCCCUGCUGACGGUCACCACUGUCUAACCGCAUGGACGCACACUUCACCGUUGCUGGUCGUUGUUCAGACAGAACACAUCAGCGUCAAAGACUCGAACCCUGGAAGCAUGCGGCGUAAAGAUAUUUCUAUCAAACACUUUCUCACCGUAUCAUGAUCCUUAUGAUGGGGCUGGAGGUUACAAUAUUUUACCCAACAUCUGAUGUCACUUUUAAGCCCUUUUUAUAGGUUAAAAACACACAAAACGGGUGCAUCUUUUCUCUGUGUCGCCACUAUUUGCGGGUUUGAGUCCCAUGUACCAGAAAAGUGCACAACGUAUUAUUAUUAGGAAGCGUCUUUUACAGCAUCGGCUCGGGAACAGAUGCGCCUGUGCGUAAGGGAACGCCGGAAAGACGGAGUUUAACACCAACACUCACUUGUCGCCCUGUUGUGUUGCCAGAUAAGUCAGUAUUUUACACACACACACAUACACACACACAAAUCAUCAAUGACUUAUGGACAAUCAUUUGCUUAACGGCGGCCAUGUUUUUCAAUCAACCUUGCUUGUGAGUUGCCUCAAGUGUGUGCCAAAUGUUGUCGUGAAUAGGCUAAACAUCCUAAGGCUGAGUUUUAGUAGAGCGUGAUGAGCCGUGUGCGAGAAAUUUCAAGUCAUUCAAGUCAAGUGAUUUGUAGGUGCCAUAUUUUAGGGGGGGUUUAAUAACAGCGCCACCGUGUGGUGUGUGAUUGUCAGAAAAUGAAUAAACACGGCAACACAAAAAGGGUGUUGACAUUGUUAGCUUGUUUGCGUGCAGCGGUUCAGCAGCAGAAGAGUUAGAUUCCACAAACGUUUCACACCGGGUUCUGUUUAAAAAUAAGGCAUAAUAUUCUCAUUUGUUUUAUGAGAGAGAAUUUGCGCAAGAUUAUGGACUUCCUAUGAUUUAAAUGUGUGUGUUUCACUGUGACCGCAGUUCAUCACAUUCAAUAAUAGCUUUAUGUGCGGGCCCGUUGUACAGCACUGCUAUGACACGUAUGAAAACAAACAAUAGAAAAGAGCCUGUCAGAGGUACAGUAAGUAACAUGUGAUACGACAAUGAUGUUUGAUUUGAGGUUUGAUGCAUCGGAAUUGCAUAACGGCGGAGAAUUAGUACAGUAAACCUCGGAUAUAUCGGACUCGGAUAUAUCGGAAAUUCGCUCACAACGGACAGUUAAAAAAGAACCGAUUUUUCUGUAAUGCAUUUCCAAUAAAAAUUCAUUGCAUAUAUCAGAUUUUUUAUAACGGAUUUCGCCUAUUUCGGACAAAAUCUCCAGUCCCGUUCCAAUGCAUUUCCAUUAAAUUUCCCUCGCAUAUAUCGGAUGGCCGCAUCGUGGCGCUCUGAUUCGCCGAAUUGUGACAGGCCGCUAUACGACGUCAUUUGCAGCGUUUGCAGCAUUGACUGCGCGUCCAGGUACAUUGGAAACAUAGUCAAGGAAGUGCCUUUUUAUAACGGAUAAAAUCCGAUUUACGCGUAUACCGGAUAUAAAUCCGAUAUAUGCGUAAAACGGACAUUUUCCAGUAUAGGCAUAUAACGGAUUUCGCUUAUAUCGGACAAAACCAGUGGGAACAAUUGAAUCCGAUAUAUCCGAGGUUUACUGUACUAGACAAAUGAGUACUACGGAGGAUUCUGCCUGAGAUGCAUGCAAUGAACGCAGCACACGUGAUUCUCUCUUCCCACAGGCUGUUAGUUGUUUACAAAUGCACCGUACCUGCCCACGUGUUUACUAACCGAAAGAAAGAUAUGCCUCAAGACUGUGGUCGAAAACCGCUGCAUGGAUCGUGACCGCGUCAGCUUUCGUGACGUAUAUAUAUAUGCCCAAAUUCCAGGUCUACUCCAGGGGUUCAAGUGCAAUAAUACCUCAGUCUCAGUGUUGAAGGCACUAACUGUCCAUGAAGUUAACACGGGACAAGUCUUUGAAUAUGAAUAUUAUAAGAGAGGACCUCAAGAAAACAAACAAUUUUUUGCAGUUCAUUUUGAUACAAAGUGUUUCUCUCCCAGGGACCGAGGCCAGUGGAACAACUGUAGAUAGAACAACAGUGUGUGUUGAUGUUGAUGUUUUAUUUAUCAGCUAUUAUAGUUAUUUAUGGAAGAAAACAAAUCUUUAUUGUCAAUGUGUUUGAAUACAUUUCAAUAUUUUUAUUGUAAGUUUUUUUUUGUUUUUUUUUUUAUAUGUUACCCGGAAGCUGGUGAUUUAUUUGGAUUUAGCUUUUUUAAGUGAAAACAAAUUGUGAAUAUUCUUGUCUCUUUAAAGGCUAAAUUAAAUGUCACUGUUGUUUUGUGUCACAGGUUGUGUACAUGUUGAUUUUGUUGGCAUAUUUCCUACAACAAAGGUGGGGUUUAAAGUUUGAUUCCAUAGUAUCAGUUCACUGGUGUCAAAGUCAAGGCCUGCCAAAACAAUGCAUGUCACGCCCAAUCUAUGCUUUUUUAUUGCUUUACAGAGUGCUAAAAAUCAAAUACAGGGGCAAUGGCUAGCAGAUAUUAAAGUAAACAUGAAUGUAACACCUUUUUUUUUUUACUCUAGUAAUGAUUUGGAACACGUGAUAAAGUGUAACACAAACAACAAAUCACACACCACAGCAGCAGCAGAACCAAUGUUGUAAUAGCAGCAAGAAGCAAACUGCCUAGCCGGUAUUAAUACUGCUAAAGAAUUGGUUGUACACAAUAGUAAGUGUAAUAGCCAUGAGCCAUUAUAAAGCGCAUGUAGAGGUAGAUUAAUGAUACACUAGUGGGUGAGUGGUUAGCGUGCAGGCCACAGAGCUAGGAGACACAGGUUCGAUUCCCCUCCUCGGUCAUCUCUGUGUGGAGUUUGCAUGCUCUCACCGUGCAUGUGUGGGUUUUUUUACAUUCCAAAAACAUGCUAGGUUAACUGGCAACUCCAAAAUGGCUGGCGACCAGUCCAGGGUGUACCCCAUCUCUCAGCCGAAGACAGCUGGGAUAGGCUCCAGCACCUCGUGACCCUCAUGAGGAUAAGCGG